AUGGUGGACAGAAAGAGAAAGAGAACGUACGAAGACGAUGACGAAUCCUUCCAGGACUACAGACCAAGGGUUCCAAAGAGACAAAGAAUCCCACCUGUGGUGCAAUUAUGUAAGGAAAUGAUGCCUGAUAUUUGCACCAUUGGUGAAUCUCCUAAGGCUUUUGCUGAUGAUAUCAAAUUUUUAAGUGAAGCUAUCGUUAGUGAAUAUGGUCAUGAAGACUAUUUCAAUAACGCCUUCCUUAGUACUUUACGUGCUGUUACUUUAGAGCAACCACACAAACAACCAGCUAUAGCUCUUUUAAUUUUAGCUAUUAAUGCAGGUAGCCAAAUUGCAGGUAAAAGUAUCCUAAAUUUCUUUUUCGAUGAAUUACAGAAGUGUUGUGACGCUAGUGCUGAGGAUACCGGCCCAUGUGAGUCGAACGAUACGGGACCAUGGAAUAAAGUUAAACUAUAUCUUAGAAUGUUAUCUCUUCUAUCCCCAAUGAUCAUUAAUGAUGAUAUAAUCGGAAUUUACCAAAAGCUUUUAGAUUUCGCUGUCGAAUUGAAUAACAUUGAUGAAAGCAAGAGAAAUGCCCUUUCAGAAGCUAUUUUCACCAAUACCAUUCUGAAUAUUCCAUACCUUUUCUAUUUUAAGAAGGGGGAUGAUGAAGCUUUAAAAAAUCACGUCGAGGAACUGAUUACCACUGUUGAAGGUGCUUACAAGAUGAAGAUCAGCAACAUUAAACUUCUAAGUGAGUAUGAUUCUAAUAGUCCGUAUAAUAUCACAGAACUAAUCCAAGUAGCAUUACCAAAUGUCAAGAAAGUGUUGGCAAAUAAUAUGGACCAAUUGUUCCAAUUAUUUUGUGAUUGGAAGGACUUACUACCAGAGCAACCUGAUAACCAUGGUUUCAACGAUGCUCUAAGGUUACCUGAAAUAGAACAAUUAUCUAACUACAAUUCCUUAUUGAAUGGUGUUGGUUCUGUUGAUAACAUGUGGAAGGGCCCAAGAUAUUGUUUCCAUGUUUACUUACCUCAUUCUUCUGGUGAAUUCGACACAGUCCUUCCAAUUUCCUCCUAUGCAGGUCAAUUGUUCAACGAUGUUGUUAUUGAUGUUGUUCAGAGUUUGGAAUUUAACAGAAAGGAGGUUUGCAAACAAUUAAAUGUCUUGCCAUUAUUCUUUAAGGAGGGUAUUUUUGCAAACAUGGGUGAUUCAAUUGCUCAAAUUGCUGCCAUUUACGAAGAUAAUCCUUUAGCCUCUACAUUCAAAUUGGAGGAUUUGGAAAUUGAGGCUAUCUUGAGUUUAAUAUUUAAACUUCCAGAUGUUUCUCAACCGUUUGCCUAUUUUUAUACAUUAUUGGUCGAUAUAUGUCAAAACAAUCCAAAAGCUAUAGCCCCUGUAUUCGGUAGAGCUUUCAGAUUCUUCUACAACAACAUUGAAAGUUUAGACUUUGAAUUAAGACAAAGAUUUUUAGACUGGUUUUCUGUUCAAAUGAGUAACUUUAACUUUUCUUGGAAAUGGAACGAAUGGGAAAAAGAUUCUAACAAGUUCCGUGAUUCCUUUUACAAUCCAAAGAUAAUAUUUAUGAAAAAUCUAGUAAGAAAAGAAUUGAGAUUGACUUCUAAUGUUAGUGAAGUGGAUGACAGUUUACCACAAGAAUUCAAGAGAUUUAUGGAGACAUCUUACUUACCAGUAGAAGAAGUACAAGAAUUUUACCAAUCGCUAUUUACCAAUUAUCAGGUUAGAUUAGAAGAUGCGAAGAAAAAUGACCUAUUAUUUACUCAGAGUGAUAUUCCGUUUGAACCAAUAGUCCGUGAAUUAGCUGAUUAUGUUCAUAAGCAAAAUGAUGUUAGAGAAAUCAGCGAACUAGAGGCCAUAAUUGAAAAAUUAAGAGAACAUUCAUCAGAAAUUACAGACUUCAACAGAUUCAUUGUUGUACUGUUAACUCAAGUUGUUAUACAUUGUGGUAGCAGAUCAUUAUCUCAUGCUAACAAGUACAUUACCGAUUUAAAGAGUGAAUUAACAACUAUCUUCGAUAAACUAGAAAUAGAAACAGAGACUAAAGAACAAGCUAUAAUUGAUGCAGUAUUGGCAUAUUGGAAUGUUAAUUCACAAACUGGUUACUUAAUCGUGGAUGCUUUGAAAUUUUCUGAAUUAAUAAGUGCUAAAUCUGUUCUAAAUUACUGUUUAAGUGAAAAGAAUGGUAAGGUAUUUGCGCUGACUGAUAUAACAGCUAUUGACACAAUUUUCAGAACUUUAUCUCAACAAUUAAUCACUAACGCUGGUGAUAAUGAAGCCUUUGAAUUUGUAUUUGAAAAGUUAUGCCUUGCUUUAAAUAGCUCUAUUGAAACUAUUGGUGUUUCUCAGACUGAAAAUAUCGUUUUACCAGACUUGAGUGAACAAUCCGAGAUAGAUCCAAUAAAUGAACUACCAAAAUUGGAGGUUGCUUGGAAAUAUUUUGCUAUCCUUGGUUUUGUUAAGAGUAUUUUGAGAAAAUAUUCGUCCCAAUAUCUUCCGUUAGUUGAAAAAUUCACAACUGGUAUGACUAAUGUAAUUUCUCAUGAACCAACUCAAAAACAAUUGUUAGAAUGGAUUAACGAGGUACCACAAAUCUAA